AUGUUCUUCAGCUGUGGCGUAAAUAGCAGCACCCCAGGUCGUCAGCUAGUUGUGAGCGAAUCAUUACCGGAAAGUGCUCUACACGAUCCACCAUCACAAGCGCUCCGAACUUUAUCCCCGGUUUCACCGCCUACAGCGAAUUCUAGUAGUUCAACUAGCAGAUCUUGUUCACCAGUUGUACGUGCAGAAGCAAUUGUUCCUGGCAAGUGGACACACAUUUCUGGAAAAGUCUCCGUUCGGCCUCUGACGCCUUCUGAAACCGAAUCGGUUCUUGAUCGUCAACGUCAGAAAAAUCGACGAUCUUCUAGAAAAGACAAGCUCAAAAUGUCGAGUCACGACGAUACUCGAAGUUCUGGAGGAGGAGAUGGAACAAUCCAUAUCCCGUCUGCAGACUCAAAGGAGCCAACUCCUGAAAGUCCGGGCUCUCGUUCCAACUACGGAGAAUUCUACUGUCCAACAACGGACAGUUUGAAAACGUACUCGUAUACAAUUCAUAUGAAGAAAACGGAGGAGGAAACUCAUGAGUAUGAAGGUGACAGUUGGGAUACUUCUGGUGAGAACAACUAUCACCAUACUUCUUCCUUCGAUGAUGAUCUACUUCUCGAGAUUGAUAGCUCUCGCGGAGCCGCCGUUGCUCGUCUCGACCGUACUCAGGAUGACUUGAACAAGUUCCGUCAACGUAUUGACAACAAUGUUGAACAACAAAAAGAAUACAGUGAGAUGAUGGCUGCUCUUCAAAACAAGGUUCAUGAGUACCGUAAACACAUUGCUGAGCUUGAAGGAAGAAUGGUUGGAGCUCGCAACCGCAUGUUGGAUGAUCCAAGUUCCAACGUUAUGAUUUUUGACAACUACGAUCCAGGAAACACUUACAUUAACAAUCACAACGUUGAGCUCUGGAGCCCAGCUCGUGGAAAGCGUGAGACCAUUCUUGGAGGUGGUGGAGCAGGGCUCACCACUGUCAAUGUUCACACUGGAGCAGGAACUGGAGGAUACGGAAGUGGAGUUGCUGGGUAUGGAGGAGGUCAAACAAUAGCUGGUGAUCCGAAUGCAAACUAUGAGAUGAUCGCUAGAUUGGAUGAGGAGAGAAGACGUUCGGAUGAGUAUAGAAUGCAAUGGGAGAACGAGCGUCAGAAAUCAUUGGUUUUGGAGGAUGAGAAUGAUCGCUUGAGGCGAGAGUUCGAGCGUUAUGCUAAUGAUAGUAAGGACAAGGAGAAGACAUUUGUCAAUCGGGAGAGAAACUUGGCUCAAUAUCUCAGCGACGAGCAACGCAAGAUGCUCGACUUGUGGACUGAACUUCAACGUGUCCGCAAGCAAUUCUCUGACUUGAAAGUUCAAACAGAAGAAGAUCUUGACAAGCAAAAGUCCGAGUUCACUCGUGCACUUCGCAAUGUUAGCAACAUGUCUCGUAAUGUGACAUUCACUGGUGGAGCUGGAGAUUCACUUGGUCUCUAUGGAUUGGAUGAUAGCAACGAUGUCAACCGUACCACCAAUAACUACGAGAAAGUUCUUAUUGAAACUGUGAAGAGAAUGAACACUGGAGGCGCUGGAGGUGCAUCAAGUGCAGAACUUCUCGAGGAGUUGAGAAAGAUUCGUGGAGGUGGCAGUUCAGAAGGGGAUGCUGAGUUGCACAAGGAGUUGAUGACCAAGUAUGAGGAGUCCAUUGAGAGAAACAUUGAAUUGGAGUCAAAGGGAGAUGAUGCUCAAAGAAAGAUUGCUGAACUCGAAGCUGAACUCCGUCGUAACCGUGAAAAACUCAAUGAAUCUCAGAAUGCAUUGAAGAAACUGCAUGAAAUGGCUCAAGAUAGUGAGAAGAACGUUGAUGGAACUGUAUCUAUCAAAAGAACCAGAUCUUUGUCACCAGGAAAGACACCACUUCCACCAUCUGAGGCUCUUCGUGCUGUCCGUAACACUUUCCGCAACAAGGACAAUGAUAUUCAACAAUUGGAGAGAAAACUCAAGAUUGCUGAGAGUCAAGUCAAGGAAUUCCUGAACAAAUUCGAGAAUGCUGAUGAAGCUCGUCGACGUCUCGACAAGCAAUUUGCGGAUGCCAAGCGUGAGAUUAGCAAUCUCCAAAAGAGUGUCGAUGAAGCUGAACGCAACUCUCGUCGCACUGAUGACAAACUGAGAGCCUCGGAGGCUGAGCGUGUUGCUGCUGAGAAAGCCAGAAAGUUCUUGGAGGAUGAGCUUGCCAAAUUGCAAGCCUCUUUCCAGAAGAGUUCGACCGACGACGCUCGCAAGCUCCGUGAUGAGAUGGAUGAGCAUGCAAACUCAAUUCAAGAAGAGUUCAAGACUCGAAUUGAUGAGCUCAACCGUCGCAUUGAGAAUCUUCUUCGUGAAAACAACCGCUUGAAGUCUGAAGUCAACCCAUUGAAGGACAAGUAUCGUGAUUUGGAAAAUGAAUACAACAGCACUCAACGUCGCAUCGAUGAGAGGGAGACUCAAAUCAAGUACUCCGAUGACAUUCGUCGCAACAUCCAAAAAGAUUUGGAUGACUUGCGUGAGAAGUACGAUCGUGUCCACAGUGAUAACGAAAAGAUUCUUGGAGAGUUGGAACAUGCUCAAAAGGCUGCUCAUUUGGCUGAACAACAACUGAAGGAGAUCAAGAUUCAACGUGAUGACUACCAAAAGCAGAAGGAUGAAAAUGCUCGUCAUCUCUUCGACAUCCGUCAUAAGUUGGAGACUGAGAUCAAGGGCCGUCAAGAUUUGGAGAAGAAUGGUGUUCGUAGCAACGAUGAACUUGACAAACUCCGUCAAACCAUCAGUGACUACGAGAGUCAAAUCAACCUUCUUCGCCGUCACAAUGAUGAAUUGGAUACUACCAUCAAGGGACAUCAAGGAAAACUCACUCAAUUGGAGAAUGAGUUGCACUCUCGUUCUGGAGAAAUCGAAAAGUUGAAUGAUUUGAACCAACGUCUUCAAAAGGAGAAACAAGAUGUUCUCAACCAGAAACUCAAGUUGGAUGGAGAUAUUCAAGCUCUUAAGGAGACAAUUAGAAAAAUGGAGAAUGAGUUGGAGAAACUCAGAAAUGAGAACAAGGAACUUGUUGGAAAGGAAGUUCGUGCCAGAGAUGCUGCCAACCAACACUUGUCUCGUGCCAAUCUUCUAAACAAGGAAUUGGAUGACACCAAACAAGAUCUUAAGCACUCAACUGAAAUCAAUAAGCAGUUGGAGCAAGACAUCCGUGAUUUGAAGGAACGUUUAGCUAAUAUGGGAAGAGGUGGACGUGUUUCCCGAGACAGCACAACUACUGGAACUGAUGGUGGUGCAUUUGGAGAUCGCAGCAGUGUUGCCGACUCUAACAGACAACGUGGAGCUGCUGGAAGCAAUGUCUACAUCCCAGCCGCUGAAGAUAUCGAGAGCAGAGGAGGAGAUGAGAUCACUAUCCCAUCAUCUGGAGGUGAUGUUAUCCAUGGCCGCGAUGGACGUGAUGGAAAGGAUGCUACUGGACAACGUGGCACUCAUACUAUUGUCAACACCAAGGAAAGAAUCGAGAGAAUCGAAAAGAAUAUUCUCGAUCGUUACCAUGAUGAUGAGCUAGCUGAGCACAAGAUUCGUGAGAUUAAUGACCGCUGGAAGAGAGAGUUGGAGCGUCUUGAGAACGAUAAGGAUGACUUGGAGCGCAGAAUCCGUGAACUUGAAGAUGAAUUGUCUCAGAUCGGACGUGGAAACGACAAGACUGAGAAUGAUAUCACUGAAUUGAAGAGAAAGCAUGCUGCUGAAAUUGACAAGCUGAAGAGUGAUAUCAGUGCUCUUCAUGACAAACAUCUGAGUGAUCUUGAUGAUGAAAAGGAGCAAUACGGAAAAGCGGUUGAGAACUUGAAAUCCGUUGAGGACGAUCUUCGUGAUAAGCUCAACAAUUUGGAGAAGCAGUUGGCUGACUCUCUUAAUCGCGAGAAUGAACUUGAGAGAGAGAAGAGAGAUUAUGAUGAGAAAAUCAACAAUCUCUACACUCAGAACCAGAAGAUCAAGGAUGAGUGGGAUGACUUCCGUAACGAUGCUGAUAAGGAAAUCCAGAAAUGGAAGACCGAUGCAUACACUGUUCGCUCUGAAGCCAAGGCUCUCGAGACCACCAACACUGCAUUGAAGGCACAACUCCAAGCUGCCAAUGAUAGAAUCGAUCAUUUGACAAAGACUGUCAAUGAUCACACCUCCAAAGUCCGCGAUUUAACUUCCCAAGUUCGCCGUUUGGAAGAUGAACUUUCUGACAGCAAGGCUAAUCUUGUCCAGAAGGAAAUGGAUCUUGAAAGUGCUCAGAACCGUCUCCGUUCAUUGGAGGAUCAAUACAGUACCCUUCAAAGUGACUCCAACAAAUGGAGAGGAGAAUUGGACGCUGCUCUCCGUGAGAACGAUGUUCUUAAGAGCAACAACACCAACAUGGAGGCUGACUUGACCCGUCUCAGAAAUCGUCUGAAGUCUGCUGAGGAUGCAUUGAAGGAGUUGAAGGCAGCUUUGAGCCAUGCCAAGACUGAGAAGGAACGUCUUCAGAAUGCAUUCCGUGAGAAGACCAAACAGGCUGAUCAUUUGAACCAGUUGGCUUCUCAAUUCGACACAAAAUUGACCAAGCUCCGUAACGAACUUCAAGAUACCAAUGACAAGCUUAUCACUUCCGAUACCGAAAGAACCGCUCUUCGUAACGAGCUCCAGAAACUCAGCCAAGAGCUCAAAUUCGGAAAUGAGCAGAUUCAACGUAAAUCUGAUGAGUACCAGACCAUUAUUGAUGAUUUGGCACACUCUCAUCGUGUUUCUGAGGACAGUCGUCUUAAUGCUCUUCAAGAGCUUGAAGCCAGAAAGUACGAGAUCAAUGACUUGACAUCUCGUCUCGACAGUACUGAGCAACGGUUGACAACUCUCCAACAAGACUACAUUAAGGCCGACUCCGAGAGAGAUAUUCUUUCGGAUGCUCUCCGACGCUUCCAAUCUUCUGCUAACCGCGUCAUCAACUUCCACACCUUCGUUGAUGGUGGAGCUGGAUACGUUGAUGGAGUUCCAGGAGGAGCCAGUAUCAUCGGUGGAGGACCAUCUGCACAACGCUCGGGAGCUUACGAUCCAGCCAGUGGUGGUGUUAUUGGAACUGGAAUCAGUGGAGGACCAGGCGGAUCUGAUUUCGGUCGUGAAAUCGAAAUAGGUCGCGGCGACUCGGAUCAAUCCGAUGUUGCUUAUCCUCGUUCAGUUCCAUUCCCACCAUCUGCUGACUUCAGCAGUGAACGUCCUGGCGCUACAUCUGCCGGUGGACGUGUGAUCAACAAUCUCGAUGGAACCACCACAGUCAACUUGAAUGGUGGAUUCGACAUUGCAAACCUUGAAGGAACUCUUCAAUCACUUCUCAACAAGAUCGAGAAACUCGAGAUGGAACGCAAUGAACUCCGUGACACUUUGGCUAGAAUGAAGAAGAAGACCACUGAAACUCAUACUACCAUCAACCAAAAGGAAACUCGCUACAGAAAUAUCGAGGAUAAUCUCCAAGACACUGAGGAAGAGAAACGUGCUCUCGAAUCUCGUCUUCAAUCUGCUAAGACUUUGCUUCGUUCUCAAGAGGAAGCUCUCAAGCAGAGAGAUGAGGAACGUCGUCAAAUGAAAUCCAAGAUGGUUGCCGCUGAACUUCAAGCUCGUGGAAAGGAAGCCCAACUCCGGCACUUGAAUGAGCAACUCAAGAACUUGAGAACUGACUUGGACAACGCUCAAACCGACAUUCGCUCUCUUCGCGACAAGGAGGAGCAAUGGGAUUCCAGCCGCUUCCAAUUGGAGACCAAAAUGCGUGAAAGUGAUUCUGACUCCAACAAACUCCAACUCCAAAUUGCAUCAUUCGAAAGUGAACGCCAGAUCUUGACAGAAAAAAUCAAGGAAUUGGAUGGAGCUCUUCGUUUGAGCGACUCCAAGGUUCAAGACAUGAAGGAUGACACUGACAAGCUCCGCCGUGAACUCAGCAAGGCUGAGAGUGUUGAAAAUGAACUUCGCAAAACCAUUGACAUUCAAAGCAAAACUUCACAUGAAUACCAACUUCUCAAAGACCAACUUCUCAAUACCCAAAAUGAAUUGAAUGGUGCAAACACUCGUAAGCAACAACUCGAGAAUGAACUUCUCAAUGCCCGCAGCGAAGUCAGAGACUACAAACAGCGUGUCCAUGAUGUCAACAACCGUGUUGCUGAACUUCAACGUCAACUCCAAGACGCCAACUCUGAAAAGAAUCGCGUCGAAGACAGAUUCCUCUCUGUUGAGAAGGUUGUCAACACAAUGAGAACCACUGAAACUGAUCUCCGCCAACAACUCGAGACUGCAAAGAAUGAGAAACGUGUUGCUCUCAAGGAGCUUGAAGACAUCAAGAGACGUCUUACUCAAUUGGAGAACGAGAGACGCAACUCUUCUCAACUUGCUGAUGGAUGGAAGAAAGAGAAGGCUACGCUCAUGAAGAAGAUUGAACUUCUUGAAAAUGAGAAACGCCGUACAGACGCCGCCAUCCGCGAGACUGCUCUUCAACGUGAAGCCAUCGAGAAAUCGUUGAAUGCUAUGGAGCGUGAGAACAAAGAGCUCUACAAGAACUGUGCUCAACUCCAACAGCAAAUUGCACAGCUUGAGAUGGAGAACGGCAACAGAAUCUUGGAGCUUACCAACAAGCAGCGUGAGGAGCAAGAGAGACAACUCCUCAGAAUGCGUCAAGAGAAGGGACAGAUCGAGAAAGUCAUCGAGAAUCGUGAGCGCACUCAUCGCAAUCGAAUCAAGCAGCUCGAAGAUCAAAUUAAUAUUCUCCGUGACCAACUCGAUGGCGAACGUCGUCGCAGACGUGAAUAUGUUGAUCGCUCCAUGGUCAAUGACAUCGGACGUCUUGGUUCCAAUGUUCUUGGUAUCCGUAGCAGCUAUGGUGACAACAACAUCGAUGCAAUCAUUCACGGUGGAAGCCGUUCUGUUGGAUUCUAUCCACGUUCGACUUUCGCAUCGAACCCAUUGACUCCACCACUUGGAACAUCCACUCCAACCCAUCGCCCACACAUCACCGACUUCAGAAGUGCAGUUGAUGCCGGAAGCAGCUAUCGCCGUCCAAUCUCCACAAUAGAGGAUUCCGGAUCGGUGUACGGCGGCUCGAUUAGAGACCGCGAUUCGGUCUACGGUGGUGGCGGACGUGAUUCGUCGUUUGGCACACGUGCCGGAGAUUCCAUCUCUCGUACUGGCGUUGAGCCACGUGAUCCGUCUAUCGUAGAAAUUCCAUCGAACGAGCCAAUGACUACGUCCACCCAUUCUCAAGGAGGAUCUCGCUAUGAUACCCUGGCACCUAACCGCGACGACUUGUAG